AUGGGGAAACCCUUCUUCACAUCAUGGGUACUGUGGGAGAAGAUGGUCUUCAUCCUCGGAGCUUCCAUCCUCCUCGUCAUAUUCCUCGGGCUCAUCAAGCUGACCUACAACAAAUGGAGACUGCGCAAAUACACAGCCGUCGCCGAGACGAAGGCGGCGGUACGGCGGGAAAUGCAGCACACUGCCAGCGUCAAGCGAGGCCGAAGUCAGCGUCAAGGGAUCCCGUUCGGGAUUCGAGCGCUGGAAAGUGGCAUUGAGGUCGAUGGUGUUUGGAUCUCGGGAGCGAACACUCCAAGCAGCAUGCCUGGCAGUCCGAACAUUGCCGCGAUGAAACCGAAGCCAGCCCGCCGAGACCACUCUCCCGAGGCAUCAUCGUCAACCUCGGAGAUGUCACGCAUCGAGAUUCCGCAGCCAGUCCAUGGAUAUCCUAAUAACCCUAGAAUGAAUCAUUCAGCUGGCCCCUCGUACAAGCUCCCCACCCCAAUCGAUCGACCUGUGGCAUCAGAGCAACAACACAUCAAGCCACCGACCUCUGACCAUCAAAGUCAUGGUCGCCCCACCUAUCAGCCUCGUCGCUCCUCGCAGUUGAGAUAUAGCGACUCGCUAAACCCAGAAGAUUCAGAGGCAUUCGCAGCUUUGGAAGGCCGUACAAUGGCUGCUGAUAGGAACGGAAAGCGCCCCGAAGGAUCCGAUUCGUCAGGUGAAGAAUAUCGUGACUCCACAUCGUGGCCUGGCCACUCUAAGAACUCAUCUGGCAGCGAGAACCAUAGUGACGCGAACCAGCCGAUCCAACCCAAACGCUCGUCCAACAGUUAUCUUCAUCCUGCAUCUCGCCAGCCUGCAUCUCGCCAGCCUCCCAAAAUCCGGACCUCCAACUCUUACAAUCCCGACAGAUACAAGCCUGUUCAGCUUGAUCCACUUGCAAGCAAUACUGAAUCACACAUGGACGAACUAGGUCGACUGCACGUCCGAAAUCGAGAAAGCGGGAUGACUGUAGUCUAUGCGCCGGUUGAAGAUUCUGUCUCCAGGAGGAUUGCUUCGUCCCAGGGUCCGACCCACGAAGUCAGCGAUCCAUUCGCCACCCCCGAGACCUCGCCAAAAGAGGACCGCAUUCCAGUCAUGGUAGACGCUCCGCCUGCAAAUCAGCACUCUGAGAUGAUCGGCAAUGGCGACAUUGACUAUAUCCAGGGCCAUGCCCAGCCCUUGCGACCCUUCGAUGGCAACCGACAACUAAGACGGUCUCAAGUCAUCCGUAAGGUCAAUUCAGGAUUUGAAAUUCUUCGCCCUGGCACUUUAGAUACCCCUAGACGAAGCAGCGACAUUGCGGACGUGAGGGAGGACUACGAUCGGAAACCCAAGAAGCUGCAAAGGCGGAGCCGGGCCUCGAGUUUCGUUGAAGAUGUAUAG